AUGGACACUACGAAAAACACAGCCGAUGAUAACCCUCUCGUCGAAAGCAGUUUUUCGGUCGAUGAUGCAGCACCAAAGCCUGUUCCAAAUGGCGGUUUGCUCGCGUGGCUGCAAGUCGCGGGCUCGUUCUGCCUCUACUUUUGCACUUGGGGGCUGAUCGCGAGCUUUGGGAGCUUCCAAACCAUCUAUGAACGCGACCAGUUGUCGAGUCAUACACCCUUUCAGAUCUCCGUCAUUGGCUCUUUUCAGACCUUUUUGAUGGUGUUCUCAGGCUUCAUAGUUGGCCCGAUCUAUGACUCUGGUUACUUCCGACACCUUCUGGCAGUUGGAUCUACCUUUAUUGUCAUCGGCACGGUACUUCAAAGCCUCAGUCAAAGGUACUGGCAGUACCUCCUCACUCAAGGUCUUAUGAUUGGUAUUGGCGCGGGCUGCCUAUCCAUCUUGAGUGUUGCUAUUACUUCAAUAUGGUUUACUACAAAGCUCCCCUUGGUCAAUGGACUUGCAGCUUGCGGUAGUGGACUCGGAGGUGUUCUACUCCCCAUCAUGAUACGGGAAAUCAAUGCGCAGACAAGCCUGCCAUGGGCGACUAGGUCUAUGGCUUUGUUGCUGUUGGUUCUACUCCUGUUCUCCAACAUCGUGCUUCGACCGGGGCCCAACUCCAGCGGACCAGCUCAGCGCAGGCAGCUUCUUGACAAUACAGCUUUCACCGACUGGCCCUACGUCCUUUUCGUCGCAGGGUGUUUCUCUGUUUUCUUGGGCAUGUACACGCCUUUUGUUUACGUCCAAAGUUACGCCUUAGACAACAACAUUGCGUCGACCGAUCUUGCAGGUAAUCUGCUUGCGAUUCUCAACAGCAGCUCCAUCUUUGGACGUAUCCUGCCAGCUUUCCUCGCUCAGAGUCUCGGACCUAUGAACACAAUUAUCAGUGCAGCAGUCUUACUCGCCACAACAAGCUUGUGUCUCAUCUCAGCAACUACAACUCCACGAUUGCUUGUUACAGUCAUAAGCCAAGGCUUCUUUACGGGGUCCUUCUUCGCGCUACAACCGACCAUUUUCGUCAGACUAACUAGUGACCCUCGAAGAAUCGGGACAAGAUUCGGUAUGGCUUUCUCCGUCAUGUCUGUCGCACUGCUAUUCGGUCCGCCUGUUGGAGGGGCUUUGCGAAGGAGUAUGGGGUAUACGGCGGCUUGGGUCUGGGCUGGGCUGACUGUUUUCGUCGGCGGCAUUUUGAUCUUUUGCAGUAGAUUGCUGAAAGAUAGAAAGUCUUUGAUCGUAUGA